AUGUACAGUGGGUUACAAUUUGCCUCCUAUUAUGGCGAUCACAUGGUUCUGCAGAAGGCCCCAGAGAGGGCUGUGUUGUGGGGCUAUGGACCCGAUGAUACUGAGGUCACGGUCUUUCUAUCAGGAGGACCAUUCACUAACAAUGCACCUGCUGUCAGUGUGGCUGCCGGGAAAUGGAGGAUGACCCUUGACCCAAUGGAAGCUGGCGGGCCCUACAAUGUGACUGCAGUCCUCCAGAACAACCACAGUAUCACUCUCACAGAUGUGCUGUUUGGGGAUGUCUGGCUGUGUGGGGGACAGAGCAACAUGGCUUUCACAACGUCUCUGGUGUUCAAAGCAUCAGAGGAGCUAGCUCUGGCCUCCAAGUUCCUUCAGGAGUGGAGAUGCCCUGGUCUGUCCCCACAGCAAGUAUGGAUAGGCUCUGGAGUCAUGGGGGAGGAUUUCAAGCACUACUCUGCAGUGUGCUGGAUGUUUGGGCGCCACUUGUACAAGGCGCUGAAGUACCCCAUCGGCCUAGUGACGUCCUGCUGGGGAGGCACACCUGUAGAGGCAUGGUCCUCCCCCCGAGCACUCAAACACUGUGACCUGGACAGGAUUAACGGGAUCCCCAUGCCAUAUACACCUUCAAUGUAUUUGUCUAAGCGGACUAACUCUGUUGUGGAAUGCCAUGAUCCAUCCACUUCUCAACAUGACCUCUGGUACCAAGUCUGUCUAUAUAUUUGUCCUGAGGUCUCUACAUAUAUAAAGGCCUCCUUAAGUGAGGGAUUUCCAAACAUACGCUGGCACCAGACUGCAGACUAUGGCUUUGCUCCCAACCUGCGUAUGAAGAACACAUUCAUGGCCGUUGCUAUGGACUUAGGAGAUGAAAUGUCUCCUUUUGGCAGUAUCCAUCCCCGGGACAAGCAGGGCGUGGCCUAUAGACUGUCUCUAGGGGCGAGAGCUGUGGCUUAUGGGGAGGAGGGCGUCUCAUUCCAGGGGCCUUUCCCUAGCCGGGUCCUGGUCAAUGACCAGUAUCUCAACAUUAUUUAUAACCAGAGAAUCUUCGUCGCUCAAUCCAAAGAUAUCUUUCAAAAGGUGUGGGUCCCAGCUCCCAUACUGCAGUGGGGCGUUAACGCCGUCCAAGUGUACACGAAUUACUGUUCCAUGGACAAUGUAGCCGGCCUGCGCUACGCAUGGAGGGACUGGCCUUGUGACUUUAAGGCAUGUCCUGUUUACAGUGCUGAUGGGGUUCUACCUGCACCUCCCUUCACUCUCAACCGCUGGCCAGACGAGCAGUGAGACGAGAACCCCCCCCCGCUAGGAAUGGAUUAGUCAACCCAUCUGGGUAGGAAAUGUGUUUUUGAAUGAUACAAUAUGAGAAAUGAUUUUUACCUUGUUCUAUUAUUUGAUGAUCAAUGAAAUAAAAUGUUUUUAUUGAAAUGCCA